AGCCUAUCACGGAGCAAGUAUCAGCAGCAUGGGACUGACCUCGGUAUCCAGCUGGAAAUUUAACAUCGCAGCAAAUUCCAACUGUCACCCAACAAUGUUGCCGGAUGUUUUCCGAGGGAUAUGGGGAGGCAGUCACUGUCGUGAUAGUCCCGUACAGACCCUGCGAUCCUGCAGCUGCUCCGUAGAUAGAUGCCAUGCCAAGGACCAGUACAUUAACCAGCUUCACAACACCCUCCAAACAGCUGUCCCCAAGAAAUUAGCUGCAUUCAUCGCUGAACCCAUCCAG